AUGGCAAAGGUAUCUGUCAGAUGUGUUCCUGAAUCACUAAUCGAAGUUCGGACAAUCGAUCCGGCUUCUCCAUUGAAAUCUGGAAGAGUUCCUACCACAUCGGGGUGCGGGAAGGAGAGCAUGAGAACCUUGGUCUUGAGGAGUAUACCAGAUCAUGACGAAUCAAGGCUGACGACGAUGUAUUCUAGUACAUACAAAAAGGUGACACCAGGAAACAAGCUAUCCAUUUGA